AUGAGACUGAGCCCGAUUAUCUUAUCGUGGGCCACGGCGAGCUGGCUCAGUCCAACCGGAACUACGGCAAUACGAGUUCAAACAUCAAAGAAUUACGAGUUGUCGACAGAAUUCUUCCUGGUACCUAGUGAUGUGGCGAUGGAUAAGAACGGCCUGGCCAGUGUUGCGAGUGUCAUCAGUGUUCCAGCACCGAACAGGACCGUUUCGGUAUUCAAAAUGCCUUCUGAAAAAAAGAGCCAGGAGAUCGAGCCCGAUACUCGACCGUACUCGAGGUCCUUGCUCAGACAACGACCCUGGGCUCUUCCUCUGGCGGCUCUUAGCGCAACCACGAUGCUCCUCAUGGCUGGCUUCGAGGUUUUCGUACUGCUCAAGGCAAGGGUAACAGCGCCGAACAGACGGCAUUUAUUUCUGGGACAAGCUCUACUUUUAGGGCUUUUCCUUCUGGCAGGACUCUCAGCGGCAGCCUCUCUCAGCCAAAAUACUUUAUCCUGCGCUGCAUUCCGAUUAGUCGGUUUACCUGCUGCCCUCGUGUUUGCGGCCCUGUUGGUCAAAUGCGUCUUUCUACUUUCGUUAAACAGCGGCGUUUAUUUACCAGCACCUUAUCAGGCACUAGUAUUGGGAUUUGCUGUGCUUGUGCAGGUAGCCAUCAUUGGACAAUGGUUUUACGGUGAACUACCGGCGGUAGUCAAGCUACAAAACUCUGAGCAAAGCUCUUUAAUUUGUUGCAAAACCACUCUUGGGCAGAUAGUGGCGUCCCUCGGGUAUCCGGGCGCAUUGCUGGUUGCAGUAGCUUGUUUAGCAGUCCGAGCACGCGGCGUACAAGACAACAACCGGGAAGCUGCAUUUAUCGGCCUCGCUGUUGGCUUAUCGCUUCCGAUUUGGAUAUCGAGCGCGAUUGGUUCGAUGGCAUCUUUGACGGAGAGUGACAGAGAGGCUUGGCUGGCUUAUGGUUUAUUGACUACUUCCCUUCUUGUGUUUCUGACAAUGUUCCUGCCGAAAGGUCGCCAGUUAGCCGCCCUUGGCCGAGAAGCUCCCGCCACAGUGAUUCGUGAUCGAGACGAUGCCCUGAGCUCGCUUCCUGGCAGCGGUUACACUCCCUCCUUUUUCCACUUCAAACCAGCCGAGGCUUCUUUGAAAAGAAAAAUGCAUUAUCAUAGUGGCGAUCGUGUGGCAUUAGUUUCAUCCGCUCUACCUGGAUGCACUGCGUGCAGGCAUGGUGGAAGCCCCAUAUACUCUGAUGAUGUUCACGGUCCGAUGGAGACGUUUGUUUUACCACCAGGCAUGUAUUUAAGGCCAGAAGACGCGGGAAAUCUAUACACAACGCUAUCGGCGAAUCCGAAUGUAUUUUUUCAACGAGCAGCUCAUCCAGGGAUGAUGUAUUGA